AUGGCCCUUAAUAUCACCCUUGAAGGCAAGAUUGCUCUAGCAAAAUACGGUGGUCCAUUUCGCGGCCUUAAAGUAAAGAAUGCGCAGACUUUUGGCAUGAUUGGAGCUGUGAUCUUCACCGAUCCGGGAGACGACAGGAACAUGGCAGCUGGAAACUACGCUACGUAUCCCGAUGGACCUGCAAGGAAUCCAACAAGUAUCCAGAAAGGCAGUGUGAUGGAUUUGAGCACCUACCCAGGAGAUCCCACGACACCGGGAUAUCCGUCUAAAGAGGGCGUAGUGAGAAAGGAGAAGAAGACUGUACCGAAAAUUCCGAGUCUACCAAUCUCUUGGCUUGAAGCAAAACCACUGCUGGUCGCUCUGAACGGUCAUGGUUUUGAUGCAAAGACUGUGAAUCGACUGAAUUGGGUGGGUGCAAUAGAUGGGGUUGAUUACAGCACAGGACCGUCAAAAGCUGUGCUGUCGAUAAGCAACAUUAUGAGGGGCGAGACUAACUGGAUUCAUAAUGCUAUCGGUAUUGUGAAUGGUACGAACGAAGACGAAGUUGUUAUC